GUCGAGUGACGUCGCCGUCGCUGAUUGGUCGUACCGUGGCUGGUAUGCAAAUGAGCUCGGAGGGGCGGGCUCUCCGGGACGAGUAGGUGACGUCAGUUCCCUCGUUGACAGAGAGCGAAACAAACAUGGCGACGGACUGGAGCGGACGAGGGCUCACGAUAACUUCACUCGUCUUUUCUUGUGUUUUCUUAAGUGGCGAGGCCGCGGCGGUGACCCCGGAGCCGAGAGGUGUCACCCGGAUACUCGGCUGGAGGCUGGAGCAGAGCAACACGUCGGCCGGGACCACCGAGGCUGGGGUUAUCCAGGUGACCGAGGGCAGCGACAUCCUCUUCAGGUUCUACGGGCUCCACUUGUUCCCCAACAGCUCGGCGCUCAUCAAGUUCACGGAGCUCAACACCAGCGACAAGUUCGAAGCCAACACGACCGCCCUCGACAGGACUUGUCUCGAGCACACGAAGGACAUAGUAGUGAAGGGGAGCAUGCAGGUCCGCAGCCAGAACACCUCCGGGCUGGUCUUCCUCCAGAUCAAGCAGCUCCGCAAGAGCGAGGUGUUGAAGGUGUUCGCCCUGUGCGUCCGCGACCCGCAGGCGGAGGAGUGGCACCAGCUGGACGACGGAGACGGCAGACUGGUGGUGGUGGAGGAGAAGAAGUCCCUGAUGCCCAUCUGGCUGCAGGUCAUCCUCAUCUCGUUCCUGCUGGUGCUGUCCGGCAUGUUCAGCGGGCUCAACCUGGGGCUGAUGGCGCUGGACCCGAUGGAGCUCCGCAUCGUGCAGAGCUGCGGCACCGAUAAAGAGAAGAAGUACGCGCGGAAGAUCGAGCCCAUCCGCAGGAAGGGCAACUACCUGCUGUGCUCGCUGCUGCUCGGUAACGUCCUGGUCAACACCACCCUCACCAUCCUCCUGGACGACCUCACCAACUCCGGGGUGGGCGCCGUGGUCGCCUCCACCGUCGGCAUCGUCAUCUUUGGCGAGAUCGUGCCCCAGGCGCUGUGCUCCCGGCACGGCCUGGCGGUCGGGGCGAACACCAUCAUGGUCACCAAGUUGUUCAUGCUCUUGACUUUCCCUCUGUCGUGGCCCAUCAGCAAGAUCCUCGACUGCGUCCUCGGCCAGGAGAUCGGCACCGUGUACAACCGGGAGAAGCUGGUGGAGAUGCUGAAAGUCACCGAGCCCUACAACGACCUGGUGAAGGAGGAGCUCAACAUGAUCCAGGGCGCGCUGGAGCUCAGGACCAAAACCGUGGAGGAUGUCAUGACGCCAAUAGGCAACUGUUUCAUGAUCCACAGCGACACCGUGUUGGACUUCAACACCAUGUCCGAGAUCAUGGAGAGCGGCUACACGAGGAUCCCCGUGUACGAGGACGAGCGCUCCAACAUCGUGGACGUCCUGUUCGUCAAGGACCUGGCCUUCGUGGACCCGGACGACUGCACCACCCUGAAGACCAUCACCAAGUUCUACAACCACCCGGUCCACUUUGUCUUCCACGACACCAAGCUGGACUCCAUGCUGGAGGAGUUCAAGAAAGGUCUGUGGAAGUCAUGUGGGAUUGUUUUAGAGAGACAGGCCCAGAGGUGGAGGUGCAGAGAUCUGACAGUGUGUGAGUGUGUGUGUUCACAAAAGUAAGUCUCCAUAAUGUAAAUCAUUACAUUUUAGGUGAAGACAUGUUGUAAGGUGAGGUUAAGUUAAGGGUUAAGG